AUGUCAGCAACACAAACCGUACAAAUCAUAAGCAUAUCCACAGCGCUGCUGGCGUCGGGUGGCAUCGCAGCAUUGUCCCUUUUCGACAUACCCAUGAUACAAUCACAACCGGCAUCUCGCUCUCUUCCCAUGGUACGCUGGCUUUUCUCACGGGGCUCUCACACCUUCCCAACCGCGGCAAUUACUUCAGCCUCCGGCUUCGUCUAUCUCGCUUACAGCGCCCUCCCCACCUCAUCCCUCAACUCCACAUCGUCAUUGCUCCAGCAUGCUGUGAAGGGAAAGACAGGACUCUACCUUGUAGCCGCAGUACUUUCCUUCAGCAUCGCACCAAUCACCAGUUUUAUGAUACCAACCAACUUUGCCCUUAUCAGGAAGAAUGAGGAACUGGGCGGGAGCCGAAGUGCAGCAUCUGCUGAGUAUCGAGAGAAAGCUGGAUUGAAGGGGCGAAGCGCUGAUGAAUCUGUCGAUAGCAAGGAUGACGUGAGUCAAUGGAAAGACUUGAGCGUACCACAAGAGAAGACCGAGAAGAACAGUAGCGAAGCGGAAGAUAAAGAAGUGAGCGAGCUGUUGGACAAGUUUGGUAAGCUAAACAUGCUCCGGGCGCUGGCUAUUGGGUUGGGUGGUAUUGCGGGGUUGAUGGCUGCGUUGGCGUAG